CCGUUCAUCAGUCAUCAGUUUGCUCUGCCAGACCGGUGUGUGUGUGUGUGCGCAUAUUAUAUUCAAUUCAAUAUUACCCACCUGUCGACGACCUAAUCCAAAGACUGUUGCUGCUGCCGUUGCUUACAAACAACACAAAUACGUACCGUAUAUUUUUUUUAAAACAAAUUUUUCAUCUCCGUCCACUUUUGUUUAAUUCGAAUGAACCCAUUCGUUUACCCAUCCGCGUUCAUCUGUUCGUUUGAAGAAGCAGCGAGUCAUACAAAAUGCCCGAUUUCGACGUCGGCGAUGCUCAGUACGUGCCCUUGCCCAGGGACUGCUUGCGCCAGUACCAACGCAAUUUCGUUCGCAUGCAAUCGUCUGCGAACGAGACCAAAAAAUUGACCGCCGUCUCUCUGCUGCCCGCAAAGCUUAGGGAAUUUGUCGAAGAGAACGUACGGAUCUGUUGUCCGUCUAACGUGCAAGUAUGCGACGGUUCGGAUGCCGAGAACCAGUUGCUGGUCAACAAGUUGAUCGAAUCGGGCACAAUUGUGUCCUUGCCAAAGUACAAAAACUGUUUUCUAGCCAGGAGCAGCGUCAAGGAUGUGGCCAGAGUGGAAAGCCGGACGUUCAUAUGCACCAGGAACCGAAGGGAUGCCGUCAACGUUCCCAGGGGAUCGGCUCUGGGGCAGAUGGGCAACUGGAUGUCGCUGGAGCAGGCGGACAAGGCGAUUGAAGAGAGAUUCGUCGGUUGCAUGGCCGGUCGUACCAUGUACGUGAUACCGUUCAGCAUGGGACCGUUGAACUCGCCGUAUUCGAAAAUCGGCGUGCAGCUGACCGACUCGGCCUAUGUGGUUUGUUCCAUGAGAAUAAUGACUCGGGUGGGAACCGAAGUUUUGGAAAAACUCAACUCGGACCAGGACAGUUAUUUCGUAAAAGCCUUGCAUUCCGUGGGAAGACCCGCUUCCGGUCAGGUGGAACAUCCUCAUUGGCCGUGCGACCCGGAAAGAACUCUCAUUUUGCACAAACCCGAAUUCGAUGAAAUAGUAAGCUACGGCAGCGGAUACGGUGGCAAUUCAUUGUUGGGAAAGAAGUGUUUCGCCCUCAGAAUUGGUUCGACAAUCGCUCGUCGCGAAGGAUGGCUAGCCGAACACAUGCUGAUUUUAGGCGUGACCGACCCGAAGGGAAGAAAACGGUACGUGGUGGCGGCUUUUCCCAGUGCUUGCGGCAAGACCAACAUGGCGAUGAUGCGACCGUCCCUGCCGGGAUACAAAGUGGAAUGCGUGGGCGACGAUAUCGUGUGGAUGAGGUUCGACCAGCACGGACAGCUGAGGGCUAUCAAUCCGGAGUUUGGCUUCUUCGGCGUGGCCCCGGGAACGUCUGGUUCCACCAACCCCGUGGCCAUGGAAACGAUUUUCGAAAACACCAUAUUCACUAACGUGGCUCAGACCAGCGACGGCGGAGUUUACUGGGAAGGCAUGGAAGAUCCGGCCCCUGGAGUGACGGUUAAGGAUUGGCUGGGAGAACCGUGGGUGCCGGGGUCCAGCACGCCCGCCGCUCAUCCCAACUCCAGGUUUUGCACACCGGCCGACCAAUGUCCCAUAAUCGACGAACACUGGGCAUCGCCGGAGGGCGUGCCGAUAGACGCUAUUCUCUUUGGGGGCCGAAGACCUCAAGGCGUGCCUCUGGUGUACGAGGCGUUCGAUUGGAAGCACGGUGUGUUCAUCGGUGCUUCCAUGAAGUCCGAAGCCACGGCCGCGGCCGAGCACAAGGGCAAAGCCAUCAUGCACGAUCCGUUCGCCAUGCGACCGUUUUUCGGUUACAACUUUGGACACUACUUGCAACACUGGUUGUCGAUGGCAAACAAGGCCAACGUCAAGUUACCGAAAGUUUACCACGUCAACUGGUUCCGAAAGGACAAGGAGGGUAAAUUCAUGUGGCCGGGAUACGGAGAGAACUCUCGUGUCUUGGAUUGGAUACUGCGCAGGGUAAACGACGAACCGAACACGGCCCAAGUGACUCCCAUCGGAUACGUGCCGACCAAAGAAUCGUUCAACGCAACCGGACUUAACGUGGAUUUCGACGGGCUAUUCUCUGUGCCCAAAGAGUUUUGGACAGAAGAGGCCAAAGAAGUAGCAAACUUUUUGUACGAGCAAGUAGACCAAGAUCUACCGCAAGACAUCCAGGACCAAAUCAAAAAUCUAAUUGACCGUUUGAAUUCGUAUCAGACCAACUGAACGCUUAGUAGCUAAUAACUCCGUUGCUUUUAAAAAUUAUAUUACCACCCCUCCCCCUCAUUCCCAUUACCAUUUAAAACGUUUAACAAUUAUUAUUAGACUUUAUUAUUAUUAUUAUUUGUAUUAUUAUUAUUAUAUAUGUAUUUAGUGUAAAUGUUUAUUGCAAUCUGUUUAAAAAAAUAAACUAAAUCAACGACGAAUA